AUGAAAAAUUUCCCAUUUCAGCAUUACUUUGGCCAUCCGUCGUUCCGUCCUAAACAGUGGGACAUUGUGAGGAAUGCCUUGGAAGGAAAAGACCAGCUAGUGCUUAUGUCGACUGGAUAUGGCAAAAGUGUGUGUUAUCAACUACCAGGAUUGAUGUCUUCGUCCUUGACAUUAGUGAUAUCGCCACUGAUAUCAUUGAUGAAUGAUCAAAUGAUGAGCCUCACGCUGAAUGGAGUUGCGGCAUCGAUUUUAUGUGGCACUACUUCACAAAAAGAAAAGGAUCGUAUCAUGGAGAACAUCGACAAUGGGUCAUUGAGGAAUUGUCCUGUUAUGGCAUUGACAGCCACUGCAACUCAAAUGGUCAGGAAAGAUAUAGUUGAUAAUUUGCAGCUGUCUGAUCCCAUUAUUGUGUGCACGGGAUUCGAUAGGAGGAAUCUAUACUUAUCGGUCAAGCAAAUGACAAAUAUGAAGGACGAUCUUGAGAAGCUAUUGGUUGCUGAAGAUUUUACUUUGGGGCGACAUUUCGGUGGUGCUACGAUCAUUUAUUGCCAGACUCGAGCUAUGGUGGAGACCGUACAUGAGCAUCUGAGGGGCCGAGGUGUGAAGUGUGCCAUGUAUCAUGCCGGCUUGAGUGAAAAAGCCAAAAACGACGCACAUCAUGGCUUCAUUCAGGACAAGUACACUACAAUAGUAGCUACGGUAGCAUUUGGUAUGGGUAUUGACAAAUCGGAUGUUCGCAAAGUAAUCCAUUGUGGAAGUCCGAAAGAUAUCGAAAGCUAUUACCAGGAAAUCGGUCGAGCAGGACGUGAUGGCGACCCCGCCCAGUGUCAUGUAUUCUGGACACAAAAAGACAUCGUGAUGAACAGGGCGCGCAUCAACAAAUCUAUGAGCGAACCGUAUCUUUCGCAUGCCUACGAGAUGAUUCGUUGUAUAGAGGAGUUUUUGAAUUCGAUGCGGUGCAGACGAUAG